UACAAGUAACAUGAAAGGAGGAAUGGCACCUGAAUACUGAACUUGAGAGGAAGGAGAAGAGAGAGAAAGAAGAAAGAAGAAAGAAGAAAGAAGAAAGUGAUGAGUAAAGUGAAGAUUUUGGUUGUGGGAGGCACAGGUUACUUGGGUCAGCAUCUGCUACAAGCCUAUGCUCAUGCCAAUGCCAAUGGAACUCCUUUUGCUUUCGAUCUCGCUUUCACACACCACUCCUCUCCUCCUCCCCGCCUUCUGUUAGAUGCCAUUCCUUCCUCCCUUCCUUUCCAAGUAGAUUUCAAAACUGGCUCUGGAUUUGAAGCCAUUUCCAACACUUUUGGUCAGCCUGAUGUGGUUGUCAAUUGUGCUGCCAUCUCAGUUCCACGUGCUUGUGAAAUCGAUCCUGAUAAUGCACAUGCUAUUAAUGUGCCAUCAUCUCUUGUCAAAUGGUUGCAAAGCUUUGAGAAGAACAGAACUCUUCUCAUUCAUCUCUCCACGGAUCAAGUUUAUGAAGGGGAGAAGUCCUUUUAUAAGGAAGAAGACAAUGCUGUUCCAGUAAACGUUUAUGGCAAAACUAAAGUGGCAGCUGAGGAGUUCAUUUCAGAAAAUUUUCCGAACUUUGCAAUUUUGAGAAGCAGUAUCAUCUAUGGGCCACAAACAGUCUCUCCAGUUGCAAAAUCUCUUCCUAUUCAGUGGAUUGAUGGCUCCCUGGCUAAAGGAGAAAAAGUGGAGUUCUUUCAUGAUGAGUUCCGUUGUCCAAUUUAUGUUAUGGAUCUUGUAUCUAUCAUACUAGCUUUAACUAAUCAAUGGAUAUCAGAGGGCAAGCAAAUGCAAUUAUUACUUAAUGUUGGUGGAUCUGAUCGCUUGUCACGUGUUCAAAUGGCGGAGGCUGUUGCACUAUUUAGAGGGUAUGACACCUCAUUAAUCAAAUCAGUGUCUGCCUCGUCGGUUGAUCGAGGUGUGAAGUCCCCAGCUGACAUAUCUAUGGAUAUCACUAAAUUGGUUCAAACCCUAAAAAUUUAUCCUGUUUCAUUUAAAGAUGGUGUGAGAUUAACACUCACAACCGAAGCAAGGGAAUGAGGCAACAAAGAUAUCAAAUAAGGCUUCCUUUUUAGCAUUUGAGUCUAUUUUUCUGUCAUUAAGACUGAAAUGUGUUUUCAAUACUUCUUACUACAUUUAGAUUCUUGUAAAAUAAAUCUAGGCAAAUUCUUGAAAAAGUCAAGCCAAGCCAAAUUUUUGGACCUGCUUGGAAUCAGAAAAUGGCAAGUAGCUAAUCAACUCACAAAAUCAAUCACCAAUUAUCUUUCAUCACCUGACGCUGAGUCCAACAAUUUGGUUUUGUCUUUUCAUCCUUGUCAUUCUCCCAACAAUUUUCGAUACAUUUUAUACUACAAUCUACAAGCCAGUGUACUAAUGCACUGAACAGUGAACCUUUUAUGUAUGUUCAGUGAUGCCAGCAAAAUACUCGUGUCGUUAUUAUUGGAAUUUCCUUCCAAUUA